GACCUCCACUGGAGUAAUACUAUCUCUCAAAUACUGACUGCAAGAUACAGAAAUGGCACCUUGCAAUACUCAAAUUCAAAUUGGAGAAGAAAAUUCUUGCAAGCAAACCAGAAAGCUAAGGAAGCCAGUGAUUGAGAAGAUGAGGAGAGAUCGUAUUAACAGCAGCAUUGAGCAACUCAGGAUAUUGCUGGAGAAAGAGUUUCAGAAACAGCAACUUCCAUCCAAACCAGAGAAGGCUGAUAUCCUGGAGAUGACAGUGAGCUUCCUGCAACAGCAUCUGGCUGCUAAAUAUAUGUCAACAGCCAACCAAACCCAUAAAGAAGGAUUCUCAAAAUGCCUGAAAGAGUCUGAAAAUUUCUUAGCAGCCCAUGAAGACACUAAGAACCACCAGUGGAAUCUUCUGAGACAUUUCCACACCCAGCACAUUACAUCAAAUGAAGUUAUCCACACAGCAGUGACCAAUCCACAGAUAAUAACUGGUCUUCCAACAAGGGACACCAGCAAAUCCCUUUGGAGACCUUGGUAAAUGCCAGUUUGGACAAUCAGAAAUAUUCACUUUCUCAUCCACUCAACUUAGUAAGUCCUAUGUGACUGAAUAUGUGUAAUGUGUAUUAUUUACACAUAAUUAUUAUGGAUUUUGCAUUCAGAGUACAAUCUGAAGUCUUGUGGUUCUUUCUUUGGGAUUAUUAUAUUUGUUUUCCCUAAUAGGGAAUUACAGUAGUUUGUCUUUUAAAGAUACAUGCAUGUUGUUAAAUGAUAUGUGGUUAUACCACAGUGAAGAUGUCUAAUAUAUUUAAGUUUGCAAUAUUUGCACAAUGAUAAUUAAGGUACAGCACUAGCUGAU